GGCGGCGACGGGGCUUCCUCUUCGGCGCUUCACGCAGCCCUUCCGCUCCUCCUUUCUUCCUUCCUGCGCUUCCCGAAAGGCCGCCUCUCGUUCACUUCCGGUCGCGGCCGCCCUGCUCCGACGCCAAGGCAUGACUUCCCGGCACCGCCGCAGAGGAAACGGGGUGCAAGCCCAGAAACUCUUGCCCCACCACCACUUGUUGAAAAUCUGAGCGUGGAAAAAAAAAAAAAAAUACAACGACAACAUUGGAAGGCGCCCCGGGGGAAAAAAAAAAGUGCCCUCGAGUAUCCGAGUCUUAAGUCCCGACCCGUCUCGGCCCUGGAGAUCCUUCUUCGCAGAGGUUGGGAGUUGCAAGAUAUAAAAAUAAAAAUUUAAAAAAAGCUGGAAACGCAGCCGAACUUUUUUCAAUAUCAAAAUGGAAAGAUUUGUAGUGACAGCACCACCUGCUCGAAACCGUUCUAAGACUGCUUUGUAUGUGACUCCCCUGGAUCGAGUCACCGAGUUUGGAGGUGAGCUGCAUGAAGAUGGAGGAAAACUCUUCUGUACUUCUUGCAAUGUGGUUCUGAAUCAUGUUCGCAAGUCUGCCAUUAGUGACCACCUCAAGUCCAAGACUCAUACAAAGAGGAAGGCAGAGUUUGAGGAGCAGAAUGUAAGGAAGAAGCAGAGGCCCUUAACAGCAUCCCUUCAGUGCAACAGUACUGCCCAAACAGAGAAAGUCAGUGUUAUCCAGGACUUUGUGAAAAUGUGCCUGGAAGCCAACAUCCCACUUGAGAAAGCUGAUCACCCAGCAGUUCGUGCUUUCCUAUCUCGCCAUGUGAAGAAUGGAGGCUCCAUACCUAAGUCAGACCAGCUGAGGAGAGCUUAUCUGCCUGAUGGAUAUGAAAAUGAAAAUCAGCUUCUCAACUCACAAGAUUGUUGACAAGGAAGUUACCACCAUUGUGAUCAAGAUAAAUAAUGUUGAGUAUUAAAGUUAUGUGUUGAUUGUGUGGUUCAUUUUUAUAUUUAUUUCAUUUAAAAUCAUGUGAUACAGAAUAGUUUUGCAAUGUGUAUAUAGUUGCAGGCAAAAACAAAACCUCACUGCAAAACUUAAUUUUGUCACCGAUGGUGUAAAGCAAAAUUUAGGGAUUAGAGUGCUAAAACCUGAAAGCUUACAAUUAUCUUUAAAAUUGAUGGGUUUUUCUCUUGAAAUAUUUGUGCAUGGAAGAACUACCCUACGUUUUACCCUAUUGCCAUGUAUGAUUAUUCCUUGUGAGAUUAUUAGUUGGUUAAAGGCUAAUCUAGGUUUUCUGCCAGGGAAUAUCAUAAUAAUUUAAAGAAAUCACUUCUAAUUAGAGCAUCUUCAGAAAGAAUAGGAUGGUGGCAAAGUGUUGUUGUACCUUCAGAUCCCUAGCAGAAAUGUCUACUUUAAAACAUGCUCUACUUGUAUAUGAUAGAGUUAUUGAACUUUUUCUCAGUUCCUCUUUCUCUGCUUUUAAAGGCUUUUUGUUUGUU